AUGACCAGGGAAGAGCAUGAGCAGCAUUUGAGACUAACCUUGCAAGUAUUUAGGAAACAUCAGUUGUAUGCCAAUUGUAACAAGUGUGAGUUCUGGCUUACAUCAGUGACCCUCCUGGGUCAUGUGCUGUUCAUGGAGGGUUUUUCUUCCAUUGCUGCCUCACCAACAACUUUGACUAAGAAGAAGACCAAGUUUGAAUGGACGGAUUCUUAUGAGAAAUGUUUCCAAGAGAUCAAGGAUGGACUUACUUCAACCCCGGGUGGUUAUGUGAUAGCUUAUGCGUCCACACAACUCAUUGUUAACGAAAAGAAUUAUCCAACUCAUGACCUAGAGUUGGACGCUGUGUUUUUGCAGUGA